UUCUUAUUUCCUAGUAACUUUUAAUAACAAGUAGUCUACAAAAAGUGAAUAUGUAAUUAAAUUCUAUAUACAUUUAAAAGCAAAUAACAAUUAAAAAUCUAAUAUAAAUAUUGUGUUUUAAUUAUCAAUUAAAGGAGUUUACUCGUUAAGAACGAUUGUCUUGGAACAGGUGCAGGAAAGAGACUUACUAGAUUAAAAAAAAACCGAUAUCGUAUUGGAGCUAGAAAGACUGGAGAGAAACGAACAAACAAAGUCAGCAAUUGAUUGAAAACAAAAAAUAAUAGAAAACUUUAUUGCGUUGUUUAGAAAUGAGGAAACACGUUUUUGUUUUUUCAAUUAUUAAUAAUUAAUUAAGAUUCAUUUUUAUCUGCUGUUAAGGUUUCUUGGCAGCGAUCCUACAGUAACGGCAGCACCUAAAUUUUAAACAAAAUCAAAGACUGCACUCUGGUGCAACUUAACACGUACGAUUAUGACAAUCCACAAUUUAUAUAUAUUUUCUAGAAAUGGUUUGUUGCUAUAUUAUUCUGAAUGGAAUAGACUGAAUAAAUCUGGAAUCACGAAAGAAGAGGAAGCAAAAUUGAUGUAUGGAAUGCUGUUUUCCAUAAAAUCAUUUGUAAGUAAAAUAUCACCUUUGGAUCCAAAGGAAGGAUUUUUGUAUUACAAAACAAGUAAAUAUACUCUACAUUAUUUUGAAACGCCGUCUGGUUUAAAAUUUGUUUUAAAUACGGACAAUGCAACCCAAAAUGCAAGAGAAUUGUUACAACAAUUGUAUCGCGAGGUAUAUUUGGAAUACGUCGUGAAAAAUCCACUUUGUCAACUGAAUGAACCAAUACAAAGUGAAUUAUUUAAAUUAAAAGUUGACGAGUUGUUUAAAAAGUCGCCAUUAUUUUUAAGCAGAUCGUUAUAGCCAAAGAAAUUUAGAAAAAUACUUGUACAAUUAGAGUUGUAAAAUAUUAUUAUUAUUAUUAUCAUCAUUAUUAUCAUGAGAGACGAAGAGAGAGAGAGAGAGAGAGAAAGAGACAAUGAGACAGUGUGAGAGAGUUAUUUUUUAUAGUGGUCUGAUUCAGAGCCAUCAAACUUUUCCAUUUGAUUUCACUUUUUUUUACCCGAGCAAAUAUUUUCUAAGUAUAAACUCUAUACUAUCUUCUCUUUCACUAUCAUAAAUUCACAAAUGUAUUAUAUGCAUAGCGUUUGCCAAAUUGGUUUUAAAUCAAUUUUGUAAUUUUGCUCAAAUUUCUAUAACUUUCAAAUUUAAUUACGCGGCAUUGUAUGGAGAUCCCACACUUCGAGAAGUCCUAUCCUAAUUCAUUACAUAUAUAUUGGGGUUGGCAACUAUGUUACCCGCUGUUUUUUAAUUUUUAUUAAAAGUCUAUAUUUUUUAAUAAAAAUUAACAAUUUAUUAAUCAACGAUGUAUUCUUCCUAGUUAAAAUGUAAACAAACGGCGAGAACUUAGUUGCCAAUCUAAUAUUAUACAUAUGUAUGUUGUAAUAUAUAGUUAUAAGAAUAAUUAAAAAUAAAUAACGGUGCAACUGAA